GCUAGGCGGGGCGGGGGCGGGGCGAGCGCGGGCCCCACCCCCGGUCCCGUGACCGCCGCUCUCCGCCAUGCAGGCCCCGGCGGUGCUCGUCACCUCCAGGCAGGUCCAGAAUGUCCACACCGGCCUUGACCUGUCCGUGCCCCAACACCAGGAGGUGCGGGGCAAGAUGCUGUCCGGCCACGUGGAGUACCAGAUCCUGGUGGUGACCCGGCUGGCUGCGUUCAAAUCCGCCAAGCACAAGCCCGAGGAUGCUGUUCAGUUCCUGGUCUCCAAGAAGUACAGUGAAAUAGAGGAGUUUUACCAGAAACUGAGCAGUCGCUACCCAGCAGCCAGCCUGCCCCCGCUGCCCCGGAAGGUCCUGUUUGUGGGGGAGUCCGACAUCCGGGAGAGGAGGGCCAUGUUCAGCGAGAUUCUGCGCCGUGUCGCUGAGGAUGCCCAGUUGGCGGGCAGCCCAGAGCUGUUCGAGUUCUUAGGCACCAGGUCCCCAGGGGCUGCAGGUCUUACUGGUAGAGAUUCCUCUGUCCCGGAUGACACAGGAAGCCAGGCGGGGGAUGGUGAGGAGGCUUUCGACUUCUUUGAGCAGCAGGACGGAGUGGCUGCUGCGGGUCAGCCAGUCCUAGGCCAGAGAAGUGAGGCCAGAGAGACGUCCCUAGAGGAGGAAGAGGAGGAGGAGGAAGAGCUGGAUCCCCUGGGCAUUCUGCGCUCCAAGAAGCCUAAGAAGCGCCCUGAGGUAACCAUGAAGGCCAAGCCCCCACCCCGGCUCACCAUCUUUGAUGAGGAAGAGGACCCUGAUGGAGAGCUCUUUGGCCCAGGCAGGAGGCUGUCCCCAAAGAGCCCUUCCAAGGGCAUGCCCCCCGUGGACUCCCUGAAGCUGUUUGACGACCCUGAUCUCGGUGGGGCCGUCGCCCUGGGUGACCCCCUGCUGUUGCCGGCCGCCUGUGAGCAUGGAGGACUCACGUCCAGCCUGGGCCGCAGGGACACCUCCAGCGAGCUCUUCAGCUGCUCCCUCUGGUUCCCUAGAGUUGAAGAGGACUUGGACCAGAUCCUGAACCUAGGGGCUGAGCCUAGACCCAAGCCCCAACCUAGGCCCAAGCCUAAACCCAAGCCACCUGUGGCAGAGAAGCCAGCACUGCCCAGAAAACCAGCUGCGCCUCCCAGAGAGAGCUCAGCAGAAGCCGAGGUCACACAGCAGAGGCAGCAGCAGCAGAUCCAAGCAAUGGACGAGAUGGACAUCUUGCAGUACAUCCGGGACCAUGACGCAUCUGCCCAGACCUCCCCAAGCCUGUUCUGACACCCACGAGACGCUGACCUGUGCUGUACACCCUCCCAUGGAGGCCUGUGGGGGUGGGUGGCAGGUGCCCUCGCUGUCCUGUUAGGUCUGCUCUUCCCAGGUACAGGGGCAUGUCCAGGCCCCACACCACUCCCUUCUAUCCUGGGCUCUGGGCUCGACGCACACCCCAGAGUGGAGUGGCACUCACCCUAAGAAUUGAAGCUGUGUCAUCUGUGUGCAGCUGGGUGUGGAGGGGAAAAGUGGGGGGUGCCUUGCUCAACAGGUGCCUGAGGUGAGCUGGGAGGGGCCCAGGGUAGCGGCAGUGUGGGUGCCCACUGGCCAGGCUGCCCUGGGGUCUGCACAGCCUGGCUGUCUGGAGUGUCCUGGCCCCAGCUCUGCCUCCACUCCUUUCCCAGCGGCCAUCUGGGCACAGAGACCAGCCACAGCAGCACAGCUCACAGCAGCACGGCUGGUGUGUCCCCGCAGCCCGGACUGUCCUCCUCUUCCCAGACGCGGUGCUCCAAGACCUUCCCAUGCCUGGGUGUGAGUUUUCUCAGUGGCCUUUUGCUGGGCAGGCUGGCACCUCAGCCUUGGCCUGUGCACACAGGCGGGCACUGCCUGGAAACCUCGCCGUGGAGGAACCGUGGCAGAGGAAGCCGGAGUGCGCGUCCUGGAUAUGGUCUUCGUUUUCAGAGCCAGUUUCUGAUGAAACAUGAUCGUUUUUAACAAAA